UAGCAUCAUUUGGCACCCGAAUUAAUUAAGGCCAUGGACGCGGAGAGAGUGUCUCUUGUGCGAAAAGAUUUUUGUCGAUCGAAAUCAAGCGUUCACGACGAAUUACAUAGCUUCAGGUCAUGGCUGCGGUGGAUGUGCGUUGAUCAAUCCACAUGGCCGACGUUUUGCCUCUCAUGGUUGGUCUUCAUCAUCUUCACCUUCCUUAUCCCUGGUCUCUCCCAUUUCUUCCUGGCGUGUAGCAAUUGCGAUAAUCGACAUGCGAGGCCUUAUGAUAGCCAUGUGCAGCUCUCUCUCAGCAGCAUUGCUGCGCUUUCCUUUGUUUGCCUCUCCCAGUUUGUUAGGACUUAUGGACUUCGUAGGUUUUUGUUCUUUGAUAAGCUUUGUGAUGAAAGUGAGACCGUUCGCAGGGGUUAUACCCAACAAUUCCAUAGCUCGCUUACAAUACUCUUCAUAUUUGUUGCACCAUGUUUUACUGCUGAGGCUGCAUAUAAGAUCUGGUGGUACACUUCGGGUGCCACCGCCAUUCCAUUCUUGAUCAAUGCUAUGGUGAGCGAUGCUGUAGCCUGCACCUUGGAGCUUGCAUCCUGGCUCUAUAGAACCGUAGUCUUCUUCCUGGUUUGUAUCCUCUUCCACCUUAUCUGUCAUCUACAAAUCCUUCGUCUCCAAGAUUUCGCUCAGGUCUUCCAUGUGGACUCCGAUGUAGAGUCUGUGUUGAAUGAACACCUCAGAAUCAGGAGACAUCUACGCAUUAUAAGCCACAGGUACCGCAUUUUUAUACUCUGGGCCCUCAUCCUUAUCACUAUCAGUCAAUUCACAUCACUCCUUGACACCACGCGGCCCAAAGCAGAUCUCAGCAUUUUCAAAACCGGUGAAGUUGCAUUGGUUUCUGUAAGUUUGCUUGCUGGGCUAAUGAUACUACUGAGGAGUGCCACAAGGAUCACUCAUAAGGCCCAAGGGGUGACAUGCCUGGCUGCUAAGUGGCAUGUGUGUGCAACCAUUGAGUCCUUUGAUCCACCCGAUGCAGCAGACACAGAAACCCCACCUGCAGUGGGAAACCAAGUUUUUCGACCUGAUGCAUCAUCAUCUGAUAAUGAGGCCGGUAGCGAAGAUGGGUUAGACAGCAUCAAACUCAUACCCGCGUAUGCUUAUAGUACCCUCUCAUUCCAGAAGAGGCAGGCCUUAGUUACAUAUUUUGAAAACAAUCCAGCGGGGAUAACGGUGUUUGGAUUCAUGCUGGAUAGGAGUUCAGUGCACACUAUAGUAAUGAUAGAAAUGUCACUGGUGUUGUGGUUGCUUGGAAAGACUGUUGGUAUCUCUUAA